AUGAACCUCAACAGCCUGCCAGAAAGCAACAGGCGUUUCAACCAGGGAAACCGAGUGAAGUUUGAGCUGAAGAAUCCAGUGUCUGUGACCAGUGUAGCGGUCCAGUACAGGCAGGACGUGGUUCGGGUGGAGGUCAAGCAGGAUUUCCUAGGGAACGGCACUCCCAUUGUAAGAACAAAUGAUGCUGAGGUUGGAGUUGAAUGCCAUUAUCGAAGGGAGCACAAUGUGACCAGUAAUGCUCUGAAGCCUACCUGGGUUCCCUUUGCCUCCACCAAGGUUGCAGAGCAGCAGCUGGUCUUUUCUCUCAGGCUCAUGACAGAUGACUGGCAAUUUGAGAGGCCCUCCAGUGUCUACUUUCUGGGGCAUGUCAUGAGCAUUGAAGCCUCCAUUAUCCAAGCCCACCACACAACUCUCCAUGUCUACGUGGACAGCUGUGUGGCUACACUGGCCCCUGAACCUACAUAUUCCUUCAUUGAGAACCAUGGGUGUCUGACUGAUGAUAGACAGACAGGCUCCAAGUCCCACUUCCUGCAGCAAACCCAGGAUGACAAACUCUAG